GGAAGGGGACACAAGGUUUCAUUCUAUGGUGAUCGUUCGCAUAUUCGACACAGGUGAUACGGGACUAUAGUGUGAGAACUUUUUGCGCACAAUUUGAGUGCUUGUUCAGUGAUUUCAGCUGCGAGGGAUACAAGUUUCUCUGAGUAAAGAUGUUGUGGGCGGUUUUGCUUUUGAUCGCCGUUAUACUGGGAUAUUACUACUUGGUCAGGCCCCUUCAGUAUUGGAAAAGGUUGGGAGUAAAACAAGGGAACCCAUGGCCAAUUGUAGGUGACUUUAAAGAAAGCAUUUAUGGAGGCAUACCCCUUUCAGAUUUUAUUAUGAGGAUUUAUAAUUACGCAUCUAACGUUAGGUAUGUUGGUAUAUAUCAAUUUAAUUUACCAACUUUGGUCAUAAAAGAUCCAGAGCUCAUCAAACAAAUUCUAGUCAAAGAUUUCGACCAUUUUCUUGACCACAAGCCAUUUCUAUCUCCUGACAGUGAUGUGCUGUGGAGCAAUAAUCUGUUUGCAUUAGAAGGGCAAAGAUGGAGAGAAAUGAGAUCAACAUUAAGUCCUUCUUUCACCUCCAGCAAAAUGAGAAUCAUGUUCACGUUAAUGCAAGAUGUAGCCGAAAAUUUUACCAACUAUUUUACAAGUCAAAAUAAAGAUGUUAUAGAAGUAGAACUUAAAGAUGCAUUCACCAGAUAUGCUAAUGAUGUGAUAGCCAGCUGUGCCUUUGGUAUUGAAAUCGACUCACUGAAAAACAAAAACAAUGAGUUCUACUUGAUGGGAAAGGAACUAACUGAUUUUUCUGGCAUAUGGAAAAAUAUUAAAUUUUUCAUAGGCUUACUUAUACCACCUUCAUCAAAGUUUUUAGAUGUAAAUAUAUUCAACAAAGAAGUUACAAAUUUCUUCCGCAGUGUGGUAAAAGAUACCAUUAAAAUUCGCGAGAGUAAAGGUAUUGUGAGACCAAAUUUAAUUCACAUAUUGAUGGAAGCGCGUAAAGGCAAGUCUCACGACAACAAUCACAAAGAAACACUUGAUGCUGGUUUUGCAACAUUGGAGGAAUCAGAUGUGGGGGUCAAAGGAAAAACUGAACUGAGUGACGAUGAGAUCACCGCGCAAGCUGCCGUAUUUUUCUUUGCCGGUUUCGACUCGGUUUCAGGGUUAAUGUCUUUCGCAACCUACGAACUGGCCAUUCAACCCGACAUUCAGGACCGACUUAGAACUGAAAUUCAAGAUGUGUUGGAGGAGAAUGGUGGAAAACUCACUUAUGAAGGGUUGUUGAAGAUGAAAUACAUGGAUAUGGUGGUGACAGAAACUUUAAGGAAGUGGCCGAAUUCAGCACAAACAGACAGAGUAUGCACAAAACCAUAUACAAUUCAACCAAAAACUCCAGACGAAAAUCCUAUUCAUUUGAAAGUGGGUGAUCCUAUUUGGAUUCCAAUUUGGAGUAUCCAAAGGGACCCUCAAUAUUUUCCAAAUCCGGAAAAAUUCGACCCCGAACGAUUCAACGAUGAGAAUAAACAGAAAAUUGAUCCUUAUACAUUUUUGACGUUUGGUAUUGGUCCUAGGAGUUGUAUUGGAAACAGAUUUGCUCUUUUGGAAGUCAAGGCUGUGCUGUUCCAUUUGUUGUCGAAGUUUAGAAUUGUGCCAACGGAGAAAACUGAUAUACCUAUUCAGAUUCACCCUAGAUCAAUAGGAUUGAAUGCCAAGAAUGGUUUUUGGGUGGCAUUUGAAAAAUUAUGAUUAACAAGUAUAACUCUUGUGUAUAAUUAAACUUUCACUUUAAA